CCCUAACCCUUGGAGUUUUAAAAAGUCAUCGAUGUCCUUCUCUGGUACAUACGACUGUACAUUUCUACGUACGGCCGGUACCCGAUCUUUUUUGGUGAGAAGUUGAGAACCUCCUCGUAUCCGAUCUUGUUGGCGCGAAAGCAGAAAUCUUUUCCUGGAUUUUCUUCCGAGUCUGUUUCAUAGAUAAUUAAUUUGUUGGAAAUUUCUAUUCGACCAUGGCUGCUUCGAAACCGUCAAUCGCAGGGUUGGAUCCUUUGAAGGAGCUCUUCGAGGGGAUUUUGGUCCGCCUCGAGGCUUUGGAGGGCAAAGUAGGAGUCGCAGCUCCUCAGUCGUCCGCGUCCCUUUCGGGAGGCAGUUCCCACGGCAAACCGCCCACCAAGGGUGGCAAACGACUUUCGGUAGUCCACGUGGCCCCUGAUCAGGCAGCUGAUUCCGUGGUUGCCUUUGAUGAGUACAUCAAGACUUCUGUCAUGCCGCUGGCAUUGACGUGUGAUGAACUGGGCGGACUGCAGGAUAUCGGAAAGCACCUGAUGGAUGCUUGGGAUGGAAUUCGUGGCAUUAUUGUCUUGGCCACCAAAUCAAAAGCCCCCGAGGAAGAUCUGGCCAAAGCGUUGACCCCUCAUCUCGCGCAAACGCAGGAUUCCAUCAAGGCCAUUCAAUCCAUCAAGGUCGAUCGAGACUGGGAUCGUCAUUACAAGGCCAUUUCCGAAAUGCUACCCUGCAACUCCUGGGUAUUGUGCAAGGCACCGGCCAUGAUGCCCGCCAACUGUGCCAAAGAUGCCAUUGGAGCUGCCGAAUUCUGGACCAACAAAAUUCGAAAGGAUUUCAAAGACGACGAAGCCCAGCAGGAUUUCUGCAACACGGUCAAGAAAGUAUUGAAAGAGUUGUCCGAAUAUAUUGAAAAAUAUCACAAGACCGGUCUGUCAUGGAAUCCACGUGGAGUGAGUCUGGCGGAAGCUGCCGUUGUCAUGGCCGAACCCCCGGAGGAAAAGAAGGACGUUAUGAAAUCACCCAUUGGAAAGCGCCGUAGUGUUGGUGUCGGAAGUUUGGUUGGAGGAAACGUUUCCGGUCUCGUGUCGGAAUUGGCUAGUAAGCGUAAUGCGGAUGGUAGUUCCGCGGCAACAGGGUUGAGAAAGGUCACCAAAGAUCAACAAACAUGGCGGAAGGAAUUCAAAAAAGAUGCCGCCGGCACUGUGGCACCACCACCAAAGCCCAAGGCCAAGCCAGUGGCGGAAAAGAAAAAGCUCACUGGAUUGCCAAUCUUUGAAUACCAGGACCGUGGACACAAGUGGGUCAUUGAAAAUCACACUGCCGAAUCCGCGAAAAAAGAGUCGGACAACGGAAUUAUCACUGUCGAAGUGUCCGACCCCAAACAACAAGUCUACAUGUACAAUUGCUCCGGUGUCACGGUCAAGGUGAAUGGCGGCAAAUUCAAGUCGCUCAUCCUCGACAAAUGCGAGAAAUGCAACGUCGUAUUCGAAACCGUCAUUUCGUCUACCGAAGUGGUCAAUUGCAAGCGACUGCAGUUCCAAACAGACGGAGUCUGCCCCGUGUUCACCAUUGAUAAGACUGUCGGUUGCCUGGUUUGGUUGAGCGAGAAAAGCAAGGAUAUUUCCAGCUUUGUUGUCAGUAUGAGCAGCGAAGUCAACGUGAACUUCCCCGAUGGCGAUGACAUGAAGGAACUACCCAUUCCGGAGCAAUUUGUUCACAAGCUUGUCAACGGAAAGGUUGCCAGUGAAGUAUCUGAUUUGUACCAUUAGGCUGGCUGCAGGCAAAGUGGCUCUGUUUUGCAAUAUUAUAUGCCCUUGCCAGCGACCGGCUCUGGCCCCCUUUAGAAUAGCAAAUGGUAGAGCAACUUCCAAAAUAGAAGAAUGAUUGACACUGUGCAUAGCUAGUGGUCAAGCCGUGCUUUGCCUUUACUUUCGCAGUCCUUCAUCUUGCACUUCUAAACUAAAAAGCCCAGUCAGCCAUGUCGAUCGCGGAGGACACCACAACAAUGGCAAUAGGUAACUCAAUAGUUGUAAGGUGUAGCUAGCUCGUGUUCGUAGAGAGGGAG